AUGUCAGAAGUAGAAACAGAUUCAAAAACUUCGUUAAAUCAAGAAGUUUUAUUAAAUGAUAUUCAACCAAAAACAGUUCUUUCAAAACUUCCAUUUAAUUCAAAUAAAUGUCCAUUAUUUCUAUCAAAAAAUGGCAAUGCAACAGCAUUAUAUCGUUAUUCUAAUUCUGGUCCAUUCAUUGAAUUAUUCGAUUCAUUUAACAAUAAUCUUAUUCAAGCAUUGAAAUAUUCAAUUAUACAAGGAAAUUUUUGUAUCUUUAAUUUUGGAUUAAUUAAUGAUAUUGAUCAGAUUUCUCAGAUGUUAGAUGAAUUAAAAAAACGCUGUUCACUCAUUCAUAUUGAUUUAUAUAAUCAUAUUAUUAAUAAUUCUCUUAUGAAACAAUCAUUCGAUACUCUCAUGUCUUUAAUUCCAUUUGAUCCAAUUUAUGAAAUGGUUCCUGAAAUCUAUCGAAAUACUAAAGCAUCAUUUCGUUUUCUUUUCUUUGCUCAAAUUGAUGAUCCAUCAAUACAAAUCAAUAAUUCAAUUUUAUCGAUUUUUAAUUGUAUUCAAGUUAAAACAUAA